AUGAAGUUUCUACUUAUUGUAUUGGCUCUUUUUGUAUUAGCAAAAGAGGGAAGAAGUCUCGAUGCAUUCGACAUUGUCGAUAAAUAUUGUGCUACAAAAGACCAAGACGCUAUAAAAAAGUGUAUGGCAGAAAGUGGAAAAUCAAAGCUCUUCAUUCAUUUUGAAAGUUGUGCCAGACCACUACGAAGACACGUCAGCAAUAGCAAAGAAACGUCCAAAUUUAUCUGCAAAGAGGCAAACGAAAAGGAGGAUUUCUUAAUCCGAUGCUGCUUGGCCUACAAGCUGAGAAAGGACAGAGAUUCUUCGCUUCCUCGAAUCUUCGAGGCGUGUGUGAAUAGAGUUCAAUCUGAAGUCACGUCUCAACCUAUAAUGCAGCAACAGGGUUAUAUACCUAAUGGGCAACAACUCGGGUAUUUGUCAUCAGUUCAACAAGGAUCUAUAUCUCAACCGAAUGCACCGGUUGGAGGUGUCGAUGAUGAUAUUCCAUAUUUAGGACUGUACUAAGAAAGCUGACGAAGAACUUAUUUAUUUAAAUUAAUUUUUAUAUUUACGAUAUUGUAAAUUAUCUUUACUACGAUUUUCAAUAAAGAUUCUCAGAAUUCCUUGCA